AUGGAUACCCUCUUCAACCCACCCUCCCUCCGGCCAGAUCAUCAUCAUCAUCCUCUCCACUCCACUCCCUCCUCCGCCAGCUCCACCACCAACCACAUCCCCCACCACUGCCUUCCCCACCAACUUCUUCCCCGCUCCGCCGCAGAAUGCUGCACCACCGCCUCCUCCUCCACCCGCUACAUGGACAGUGACGACUUCUCCGCCGCCGCCGCUGCCGCCUCUUCCACGACGCCUCCAUCGCCGACCCGCGGCGGCAGCUUCGCCCUCCCCCACCUCCCGGAUCUCGCCGUCGACCUUCACACGGCACCACCGGGGACCUGGGCGACGGAGCUCCUCCUCGAGUGUGCCGCCGCCGUCUCCGGCGGCGCCACCGCUAGGGCCAACGAGUUCAUGUGGCUGCUCAACGAGCUCUCCUCUCCCUACGGCGACACCCACCAGCGGCUCACCGCCUACUUCCUGCGAGCUCUCCUCGCCCUCUCCUCCUCGUCGGCGGAGAGCUCCCUCCGGGCCCUCGCUGCCGCCGUAGACCGGAACCGCUCCUUCGAGUCCACCCGCCGGACGGCCCUCCGCUUCCAGGAAGUCAGUCCCUGGUGCACCUUCGGGCACGUCGCCUCCAAUGGCGCCAUACUGGAAGCCCUCGACGGCGAGCCCUUCCUCCACAUCCUCGACCUGAGCAACACCUUCUGCACACAGUGGCCCACCUUCCUGGAAGCUCUCGCCACCCGCUCCGGCGACGCCCCACGCCUCCGCCUCACCGCCGUCUUCGGCGGCGCCGCUUUGCACCAGGUCGCGAAGGAGAUCGGCGCCCGCCUGAAGAAGUUCGCCCGCCUCAUGGGCAUUCCCUUCGACUUCCACGCCGUCCACCACGACGGCGACCCGGCGGAGCUCGACUUCGACUCUCUCGGAGGUGGUGGCGCCGCCGCAUCCGGCGGCGCCGGGCUGGCCGUGAACUGCGUCAACACGUUGCAUGGGGUGCCCUCCGGCGAGCGGCGGGACGCGAUGGCGGCCGCGCUCCGCCGCCUGCGGCCGAAGAUCGUGACGGUGGUGGAGGAGGUGGCCGACUUGGGGCCGGAGGGCGGCGGCGACUUCGUGAGGAGCUUCGGGGAAAGCCUCCGGUUCUUCGCGGCGUAUUUCAACUCGCUGGAGGAGAGCUUCCCGAAGACCAGCAACGAGAGGCUGGCGCUGGAGAGGGCGGCGGAGCGUGCCAUCAUGGACCUGGUGGCCGGCGAUCCGGCGAGGUCGACGGAGCGGCGGGAGACCGCGGCAAGGUGGUCGCAGAGGAUGAGGGCCGCCGGCUUCUCGCCGCUCCCUCUCAGCGACGACGUGGUGGACGACCUCAGUGCCCUCCUCAAGAGGUACCGCGAGGGAUGGUCGAUGGCGCCGCCGCCGCCGCCGCCUCCGGCGGGGACCUUUCUUCUGUGGAAGGAGCAACCGGUGGUGUGGGCCUCCGCCUGGAAGCCCACGCCGCCUCCGCACUGA